UGAAGGUCUGACAUCCACCAGAUUUCUCCGUUGCUUUUAUGUCCAUUUUGUUUUUGUGUAAAUAACAGCCCUUCAUCGCCCAUCUUGCCCAGUCUUCCAACACAUAUUUAAUCUUCCUAAUACCAACCUUCAUCCAAUACCUCAUAACCAACCUAAAAUCAACCCACCCUAAACCGCCAACAUGAAGUUCAUGAUUGCCACCGUUGCUGCCUUUGCGGCCACCGCUGCUGCUCUCAAGCUCACCGCGCCCGAGGAGAACGCAAAGUGGGAUCUGUCCCAGACCAACACCAUCAAGUGGGACCACGUCGACUCCGAUCCCGAGACCUUUCAGCUUGUCCUCGUCAACCACCAAACUGGCGGCGAGGUAGACAUGACCAUUGCGGACAAGGUCAAGACAUCGGACGGCGAGUACAAGCUCACCAACUUCGUCGCCGCCCCCGGCUCCACCUACAGCAUCAAGGCCUUCGGCACUGAGAAGACCAACAACGGCCAGCUUGCUGAGUCUCAGACGUUCAGUGUUACCAAGUCUGGAGUUUCCACAACCACUACUGCCACCACCGUCAAGCCCACUUCCUCAGGCACCCCUGCCACCUCUUCCAGCGCCACCCCCAGCCAGACCUCUAACGCUGCCACCGCCCUUGGCGUCACCUUUGGCGUUGCUGGUCCUCUUGCCGCCGUCUUCGCCAUGCUUUUUUAAAAGUUUGACAAGGCCUAAGGGAGGUGGAUACCAUACUGCACUACUGCAUGCAUAUAUAAAUAAGCGCGCUGUUUAGGAUUUUGAUACCACGCAUGACGACAGGGGGAAUGGGACAUAAUAUCGUACGAGUACGUAAC